CUGCAGUUGUCGCUCUCCUGCCACUGCACUGGUACGUCACGUGAGCGCGCGGAGCGGCGGCGACGGACGUCGAGGGGAAAAAAGGCAGAGCGCCGCGCUGCGGACGGCGCAGUCAAAGCGCCGAGUAGAAGACGGCCGCAGCGCGAGGAGUGCGGGGUUCCGCUGCCGAGUCCGGCCUGCCGCCUGCAGCAACUCUUCCCGGGGGCCGGCGUCGGCGCGGACGGCCCAGCACAGCAGCCACCUCGGAGACAGCUGUGAAAACACGGGCGAUGCUGCGGUGACGGUGCACCGUUCGCUGCGCUGCUACUUCAGUAGGCGCCUGAAGCUGAAAAGCCGGGACACCAGUGCAAUCAAGCCAACAUCCAUGGCAGCAGCUGCGCUUCGCAAGCUGUUCCGCGGAGAGCGCCACCGGCUAAGCACGGGUGCCAACCACAAUGAACCUAAAAAGAAGAAAGAGAGCGCCGAGGGCGGCAGCCGCCUGCUCAGGCUCUGCGCGGGAAAGGCUUCCUCCGAGCGUGGACAGGGCAAGGCGGCCCGGAAGUCAGCGGCUGAAGGCGCAUCACUUCGUGCCCCGGGGAGUCCUGCCGCCCCCAGCGGUGGAGGCGGCGACUCUACAGCGGACUUGGCUGAGGUGGCCGUGCCCUCGUCCCGCACGACGCGCAGCCCUCGCAACCGGGUGGCGCCCUGCUCCCAGCAGGCUGCAGUGCGCGCACGCCGGCUCAUGCGCGAACUCCAGGAGAUCCGACGACAGCAGACCCGUGGCCAGACACCUUCCUUCACCGUAGACCUGGUUGAGGACAACCUCUACGAGUGGCAUGUGCGCCUCUACCAGGUGGAUCCGGAGAGCCCACUGUGGCACGACAUGCAGGAGUCCGGCGUGUCGUGCGUCCAGCUGAGCGUCUCCUUCCCGGAUAACUUCCCAUUCGCACCCCCGUUCGUGCGUGUGCUGGCACCGCACAUCGAGCGUGGCUUUGUCAUGGAAGGCGGGGCCAUCUGCAUGGAGCUGCUCACUCCACGGGGAUGGGCGUCUGCGUACACGGUGGAAGCCAUCCUCAUGCAGGUGACUGCGUCGCUGUCCAAGGGCCAGGCCCGUAUCGCCACCAAGCCAGGCAAACAGUUCAACAGGAAGCUGGCCGAGUCCUCUUUUCGCAGCCUUGUCAAGACUCACGACAAGUACGGCUGGGUGACGCCCCCGUUGGCCGACGGCUGAGCUGGAAAAGUGUGCCUCAGCCCGGAGCUCGCCCGUGCACGGGUUUGCAGGUGGAUGACGAUGGGUGCUACUCAGACAUUGCCAACAAGAAGCUGUUUCCAUUUUCUUCUUUUUUUAAUCCAGUGAUCUCUGGCCACUCAUCAGGGGUGCCGCGUCUUCACUUUGCAUUGUUAUAAAAAGUGUGUUUGCUGGUUCUAUCUUUGUGCGAAACUGCACAAAAGUGUUGUUUUCUUGUAUGCCUGUCUUUGUCUUGAGUAACGGGAGCUUAUCACUGGCGUGUUUAGGCAUAGCCUGCCACCACCCGUUUGUAUGUUCUGGACAGUUGUGGUUGCGCGGCGGCCAUCCUUUUGGUUGAGCCAGAGUGUUGAAGACUGCAGAAUUGUUGCAGCUUUUGCUCUUCGGUUUCGCUCAACAUUUAUACUACAUCGGCGAAAGCGUUUUACCACCACGAGCGAUCGCUCUAGCUCUUUCUUUCUCUUCCGAGGUGUAACACGUAGAAACGCAUGUUUCUUUUUUUCCUCGACUAUCAGGCAUUGUCCACGUCAUUGUAGCUUUAAGCAUAUUGUUUUGUUAUACUGAGACUGUGAAAAUGUAUCACUUAGAACGUACAGACAGGCAAUCCAAGUGAGAAAAUCAAAACAAAAGAAUGAGGACAAUAGGGGCUUGUCCGGACAUUUAUAUACAAUAUAUAUAAAGUCGAGAUGCGAGUAUGAUCACUGGCAAGCUGUUUACUAAGCGCCAGGAACGAAGAGCCUCAGAACGCCAUCAUUCGAUCGGUGCUUCUGCUUCCUGCAUUGUGCUCCGCUACGUGCAGUCGAGACCAGCUAUUAUUUGGUGUUGGAAAAGUUUGAACUAAUCUUUCGGUAUGUAAGGGUGAGGUUAAAUGUAUAUGUGUUUGUCAGAACUUCUCUGCUUGGGUGACCUAACGUUAUAAACAGAGGCUCUUACAACGAGCCUGGCUCAAUUUUUUCCUUAACUGGCGUGACUGCCUGCGUGCUUGGAAGUAAUGCGCUGAAUGUCACAGGUAACAGUACGACAUGCGCGGUACGGCUUCAUUCGCACUUUCGAGGAACCCCUUUCAAGCAACCCGGGUGCGUUUUAGCUUUAUGCUCGUGCAUUCUGAGAAAGUGCGUCAGCUCUGAACAAAAGCGAAAAGAAAGAAAACUGCUUUCCAUUCGCAUCUGUGCCUAAUCAUAAGGCCACGUACACAUGGUGCUUUUGUAGGUCAUGACGAAUCGGUGCCUUCGGGCUUGAAGCAUAAUCGACGACACUAGUACAGCCUUGAAGAAGCGAAAAGGCCAAGCGCACGCCGACGCUCUCAUUCAUGUGAGGGUCUCGCUUUCUGGUCAUCCACUUCCUUGGCUGUCAUUCCGCUAUCCGUCGUGGUACAAUGGCCUAUGAGACUGUCGCUGUGACCACAGUCUCCGAAGCUGGGGUGGUGCAGCGAAUUUAAAGUUGCCGCGUGGAACGUUGACAUCACUCGCGGGCACCAGCAUUAUCCUUUUUUUUUCUUUUCUGAGGCCUGGAUUCCCAAGAGACACUGUUACUCGCUGCUCUCUUGCAUUCGUCGCGUGUGAGAGGCGCCAUGACGCGACGCAUCGUCGUGUGCACGCCGAGUUAUUUUCGACAGAAACGCAAGUACUCUCCACGCUUGUUGUUCUGUGCUGUGUACAUACUGAGAGAAUGAUUGACGCACUGAAGUGCUUCACGAAUGAUAGAAUAAAGGCUAUGCGUUGAAAGAG